UGGUUAAAAGUUAUAACUGCAAAACAUGGAAUGUGCGGUGGCAGCGUAUUUGCUGGGGGUAUAAAUACUAUGAGGCCUCUCGUAUGAAGCUCCAUAUAUAGAUAGCUAUAGACAAAGCGUGUGCAUAGAUAUAUAUACAUACGCAUGAUCGGAGCCGGCGAGAAAGAAACCUCAGUGUUCCGGUGGAGAUCUCGCCGGGAAAGAGAGAGCUCCUGUUUCCUUUUUCCGGUGGAGAUUUAUAUAGCUAGCUUGUCGAUCCGGAUAGUUAUGAUAGCGUACUGAGCUAGCUACAAAUUGCGAAGCGUGAGAAGCGCAAUGACGACGGCCACGACUUUUCCCAAGCAAUUGGCCGCGGCUUACGACGGUUACCAGAAGGUGAGAUCGGAGCGGAAGGUGCUCGCGAAUUGCGAGGCGGUGUUGAUCAAUUUCGAGGAGCUGCCCGAGUAUAUGAAGGAUAACGAAUUCAUUAGGAAUUAUUACAGAUGCGAAUGGCCGUUGAAAGAUGUUGCUCUCAGCCUUUUCUCUUUGCACAAUGAAACAUUCAACAUUUGGACGCAUUUAGUCGGAUUUUUCAUAUUUUCAAAGAUGAUGAUAAUGAGCUUGACCGAUAAAACAAGUCUCAGGAAUGUGAUGGAAGUCUUCUUCGGCCGCGGGAGUGAUGGAUGGUUGUCCAUGAUGAUAACUGAUUCUUAUGUAUCUGGAUCACUAAGCUUGCAUUCAAACGAUCAUGCCGGUUCACUUCCCAUAUGGCCAUGGCUGAUUUUCUUGAGUGGAGCAAUGAGCUGCUUGAUUUUCAGCUCAGUCUCCCACCUCUUCGGCUGCCAUUCCCGGCGUUUCCACUACUUCUUCUGGCGGCUCGACUACACCGGCAUCUCCAUCAUGAUAGUCUGCUCCUUCUUCACCCCAAUCUUCUACAUCUUCUCGGACCACCCCUACUGGCGCUUCUUCUAUCUCUCAUCGGUCACCUUACUUGGCACUGCUGUAGUCGUGACCCUGCUCACUCCCUCUCUCUCGACUGGUCGUUCCAGGGCCUUCAGAACGACCCUCUUCCUCUGCAUGGGGUUCUCGGGUGUUGUUCCAGCCACCCACGCCGUCAUCCUCCACUGGGAUCAGCCGCAGAUACUCUUGUCGCUCGUGUACGAGGUGCUCAUGGGGCUGCUGUACGGAGUUGGAGCCAUUAUCUACGUCACUCGGAUUCCAGAGAGAUGGAAGCCCGGUGCGUUUGAUAUUGUUGGUCACAGUCAUCAGAUCUUCCAUAUUUUCGUCGUUGCUGCUGCGCUUGCUCACUGCGCCGCCAGCCUCAUGAUCAUGGAUUGGAGGUGCAGCUUGCCGGCCUGAGAUUUCGCCGGUGAAUUUCCUCAACCCGUGUACAGAGAUUCUAGAGGCUAACUCAUGCCCCUGUUGUUUGUUUUCUCUUUUAGUUUUUCUACUUGUUUAGGCAGUUGAGAAAACACAAGGUUGUCACAAAUGAUGCAGUGUAAGUGUAAAAUUAGUCAAUUUAUGGCUCUUCAAAAGUAACUAGAUUUUCAGCAGAAAA